AUGUGGGUAAUACCAUCAGAGGUCUCGAUUUUAGGACUUUGGUCAAUUGAUCGAGCUAACCCUUAUUUUGUAUUACAACGUCGUGGAGGGCAAGAAAAUCGGCGAAAUAGUUUUACUCAAAUCCUUGCUGCAACAAUUGAUAGCGUCUUAGAUAAUAAAACCAGUCAAUAUCGUAUACUUCAUAAACGAUCAAAUCCGGAAGUUUAUUAUGUAAUAGCUGAAGCAAAUAAAAAGGAAGACAUUGAAGGGCAUUGGAAAUGGAUUGAAGCCAAUUUAAUGCCAAUACUUGAGGAUAUUGAUGUAGCCGAUGACAUUACUGUUUAUAUACAGUGGAAAAUACAAAGUUUAUGUACAGAAGCUGAACAUGAAGAUGUUGGAGAUUUUGAAUCGGAAAAAUUCAAAAAUGCAACAAAAAAAUUUCAUAAAGUAUUUAAUAUGCCAACUGAAGAAAAACUUGUUAUUUAUUAUUCGUGUUCUUAUUGGGAUGGUCGAGUACCACGACAAGGACAUAUUUUUGUAUCAGUAAACUAUCUAUGCUUUUUUUCGAAUUUACUCGGAAAAGAUAUAACCAUCACUGUUAAAUUUACAGAUAUUACGUUACUUGAACGUGUAAAUGCAUUUGUUUCGGAAACUAUACAUGUUUGUACUCGUUUUCAUGAAUAUAAUUUUGGAAUGUUUAGAAAAAUAGAAGAAACGUAUCAAAUUGUAGAACAAAUAGCGAAUUAUGCAGCAAAAAAAUUGCUAUCUCAAAAGGAUGCAUUUCAAGAGGAAGAUUGGUUUCCUGCUGUUACAAAAAAAACAGCACCUAAAGUGAUAUCUCAAUUAAAACGUGAUUUUGAUGCUAAAGCUCGUAGUGAAAUAUAUCGAUAUCGUUUUCGUUUACCAUGCGACGAACGUUUAGAUGGUGAAAUAGCUUGUCAUUUAUGGACACCAUAUAAUCGUUCCAGUAUUGUUGGAAAACUUUAUAUUUCAUCGAAUUUUCUCUGCUUUUCCAGUAAAGUUUAUCAUCAAGUGAAUCUAAUCAUUCCAUUUCGUGAUAUAGUUGUUGUUGAAAAACAUUUAAAUAAUUCCAGUUCAUCAAAUAUAGAUAUUCAAUCAGCAUUGGUUAUAACAAUAAAAUAUCCAGGUGGUCCAUUUGUUUUUUCAAAUUUUAUUGAUCGAACAUUUAUUCUAAAUAAAUUGUCAAAUCUAUUAUCGCAAUAUAAUGAGAAAACACCAUUGAUCAGUGAUCCGUUAUCAAUAGAUAUAUCUCCUCCACUUUAUUUAAAAUUUAAGAAUGAGAUUACUGAAGAACAACAAGCUAUGGAAAAUAUUCGAGAAGUCGCAUGGCGUACACAUUUUGAAGUCUACGGAAGAGGUUCACCUAUGUAUCGAACAAGUGAAUUAUAUGAUUUAUUAUUUCAAGGAAUACCAAAUUCCUUACGAAAUGAAUUAUGGCUUUUAUUUAGUGGUGCUAUAUAUGACAAACAUACAAGUCCGGAUGUCUAUAGAAAAUGUGUUCAUGAAUCAUCGAUUGUUAGCAACGAUCAAGAUUUAAUAAAUGAAGAAAUUGAACGUGAUCUCUAUCGAGCAUUACCAGAUCAAAAGGCAUAUCAAGAUGAAUCUGGCAUUAGUGUACUACGACGUUUAUUAAGAGCUUAUGCAUGUUAUAAUACAGAUGUUGGUUAUUGUCAAGCUAUGAACAUAAUUGGUGGUGUACUUUUACUUUAUAUGAACGAAGAAGAUGCAUUUUGGACGUUAGCAGCAUUAUGUGAAAGACUUCUACCAGAUUAUUAUAAUACUAAAGUCGUUGGAGCAUUGAUAGAUCAAGGUGUCUUCAAUGAUUAUUUCAAAGAAUAUCUACCUGAUUUAUAUAAAAAAUUAAUAAAUCUUGGAAUAGCAGCAUGUAUCAGUCUUUCAUGGUUUCUAACUCUAUUUGUUUGUGUUAUGCCAUUUGAAUCAGCAUUAUUUAUUAUUGACAUAUUCUUUUAUGAUGGUAUAAAAUUUUUAUUUCAAUUAGCAUUAACAAUAUUAAGUGAGAAUCGUCAACGUUUAUUAGAAUGCAACGAUGACGGUGAAGCACUCACCAUAUUAACAUCAUAUUUAGAAACAUUUUAUCAUGAUGAUAGUGAAAAACACGACGAAAAAAAAAUUAUUUAUUUAAUUAAAAAAUCUUAUUCCAAUUUUAAUGGUGUGAACGAAGAAGAUAUUAAUCGAUCACGUUCAAAGCAUCGUUUAAUAGUUGUACGAAAUAUGGGUGAAUCAUUAUUACAAUCGGCUGCAAAGAAUACUUCGAGAUUUACAAAAUUUAGUGAAGAAGAAAUAAAAAAUAUUUUCUAUAUUUUUAAAGAUGUUUCACGUAUAUCAUUAACAGAAGUAAAUGAUCCAAGAAAACUUGCUUAUGAAACAUAUAGAAUCAAUCGAGAUGAAUAUUUAAUUUUAUGCAAAUUUUUAUCACCUUGGUUUAUUGGUGAUCAACCAGAAAACUUAGCCAAUAAAUUAUUUGAUUUAUUUAAUGUGAAUACACAAACGAAUCAAAUUGAUUUUAUACAUUUUAUACAAUUAUGGAAUAUUUUAUGGAAUGAAGAUUUUAAAAAUAAAUUGAUAAUUUUAUUUCUUUCGCAUAUCGAAGACGAAGAAAGACGAAAAGAAGGCUUUGAUCUUAUAAUAGAACCAGCUUCAAUUAGCUCGUGGUUACCAGUUGGUGAAACUAGACCGAUAGAAUCUAUCAUAUCAAUUAAAGAACAACCAAUCUCAUUAUAUGUAGAUAAUGGAGGAGUUACAUAUGUGAAGCCCAGUCAAUUGCCAUUAAUGAAUCAAACCGACUUUAUACGUCUAUGUAAAUCGAUAUAUAAUUUAAUGAGUGGAGCAGUUGAUGAUGAAAAUUUAUUUAGAGCAUUGGCAACUUCAAGUACAAUUCUUUUAAAAAUGGGUGAAAUAUGUAAACCUCCUCCACCAGAGGAAGAUGAGAAUAGUGGUACAUUAAUAGACGAAUGGACAGUUAGUUUUGAACAAUUCGAAGCUGCCAUGAACGCCGAAACAUGUUUAGUUACAUGGUUGGAAAAUAAUGCUAAUAAUAGUUUAUCACUUGAAACGCGUGUUAAAAAUUAUCAUCAAGAUACUUUACAUUGA